AUGGGAGAAAGUGAACACCCAAAUGUGAAGAGACAGGCUGCAAAUAAUGCAACAAGUUUCCUGCAAAGGAUGUCCAAAAAUGGUAAUAAUGAUGUGAAUCCAGACUUGCUGAAGACCCCACCAUCCUCCAGUCUGUGUCAGGAUGGGGACAACCAAAAGUCUCUCACUGAACAGGAUAGUGCCGAUUUCUCCACCAGUUUCGCAGAAGAUUUGCUGCCAGCUAAGAAUGGUGAAGAACCCACUGUGCAGUUUUUAAUGGAAGUUUUUGAAAUUCUGCUGAAUUACAUCAGAAAGACAUUCGACAGAACAUCAAAGAUUCUGGACUUCCACCACCCCCACCAGUUUCUCAAAGGAACUGAAGGUUUCAGUCUGGACCUGCCUGACCACCCAGAACCUCUCGAACAAAUUCUCAUCGACUGCAAAGAUACAUUAAAAUACGGAGUCAAAACAGGUCACCCUCGCUUUUUCAAUCAGCUCUCAAGUGGACUGGACAUCAUUGGGUUAGUAGGUGAAUGGCUGACGUCUGCAGCGAACACCAACAUGUUCACAUUUGAAAUUGCUCCAGUGUUCACCAUCAUGGAGGAGGUGCUUUUGAAGAAAAUGUCUACAGUGCUUGGAUGGUCUCAUGAUGAAACUGAUGGGAUUUUCUUACCUGGAGGGGCCAUGUCAAACAUGUACAGCAUCUUGGUUGCUCGUUACAAGCGCUUUCCUGAAGUGAAGACUCAAGGUGUAGCCAGCUUUCCCAGGAUGGUCUUAUUUACUUCAGAACUUGGCCACUAUUCAGCUAUGAAAGGUGCUAUGGUACUUGGGUUUGGUACACACAGUGUGAUUCCAGUAAAAUGCAACAACAGAGGGAAGAUCAUUUCAGCUGAAUUGGAAGCAAAUAUCAUUGAAGCUAAGCAAAAGGGUUUUGUUCCUUUGUACAUCAAUGCUACAGCUGGAACUACCGUGUAUGGAGCAUUUGAUCCACUCAAUGAGAUUGCAGACAUUUGUGAAAAGCACAACCUUUGGAUGCAUGUUGAUGGGGCUUGGGGUGGUGGUUUAUUGAUGUCACAGAAGCAUCGUUAUAAAUUAACAGGGAUUGAAAGAGCCAACUCUGUAACAUGGAAUCCACACAAGAUAAUGGGUCACCCUCUGCAGUGUUCAGCAAUUCUAAUCCAUGAAAAGGGUUUGCUCCAGGACUGCAAUAAAAUGUGUGCACAGUAUCUGUUUCAGAAUGACAAGCUGUAUGAUGUAUCAUAUGAUACAGGAGAUAAAACAAUUCUGUGUGGCCAUCAUGUUGAUGUCUUCAAAUUCUGGUUGAUGUGGAAAGCAAAGGGCACAUCAGGUUUUGAGAAGCAAAUCAAUAAAUGUCUCGAACUUGCAGAGUACCUGCACAGCAAACUCAAAGGAAGAAAUGAUUUUAAGCUGGUGUUUGAUGAUCAACCCAAGCACACCAAUGUGUGCUUCUGGUACAUUCCACCAAGUCUCCGAGAAAUGCCUGAAAGGGCAAAGAAGGAUAGCCAGCUUCAUCAGGUGGCGCCAAAGAUUAAAGCUCGGAUGAUGGAGGAAGGGUCAUUGAUGGUUGGAUACCAACCGCAAGGAGACAGGGUGAAUUUCUUUCGCAUGGUUUUUUCGAAUCCAGCUACUAACAAAUCUGAUGUCGACUUCCUGAUUGAAGAAAUCGCGAGACUUGGGAAGGAUUUAUAA